AGGACAAUGGAAAUUAUUGAGUCUAGACACAGACAGAAAAAAGAUUGAAGAAAAGUGAACAGAGCCUAAGGGACCUGUGGGAUAUCAUCAAGAAGGUCAACAUAUACAUUGUGGGCGUUGCAGGAGGAGGACAGAGAAAGAGAGAAUGGGACAGAGAAAAUAUUUGAAGAGAUAAUGGCUGAAAAUUUCCCUACCUUGAUGAAAGACUUGAAUAUAAACAUGCAAGAAGGUCAUCAAACUCUAAGAUGUACCCAAAGAGAUCACAUUGAGACACAUUAUAAUCAAACUUUCAAAGCACAAAGAAUCUUGAAAGCAGUGAGAAAUGACUCAUCACAUAAAAGGAAUUCUUAAUAAGAUUAUCAGCACAUUACUCAUCAGAAACUUCAAGGUCAGAAAACAGUGGGCCAAUAUAUUUGAAGUGCUAAGAGAAGAAAUGUGCCAAUGAAGAAUCCUAAAUCCUGAAAAACUGUCCUUCAGAAGUGAAGGAGAAAUUAAGACAUUCCCAGAUAGACAAAAGCUGAGGGAGUUUAUUACCUCUAGACCUGCCCUGCAAGAAAUGCUCAAGGGAGCCCAGCAGGGUAAAUGAAAGGACAUUGGACAGUGACUUGAAGCCAUACAAAGAAAUAAAGAUCUCAAUAAAGAAAGUUGGGCAUAAAACAAUCCCUAAACCUGCUUCUUGGUAUGGUAUCAGAACAGAGCUAUUGCUGAGAGUCUCAUUUACAGAGAAAUCAUGGUUCGACUGACCUUGGAUCUGAUUGCCAAAAGCAACAAUUUUAAACCCCGAAAAGAAACUACUUCACAAUACCUGAAGAAAAUAACUCAUAUAAAUUUUUCAGACAAAAACAUAGAUGCAAUUGAAGACCUCUCUCUUUGCAAAAAUCUCAGUGUUUUAUAUUUGUAUGAUAAUCGUAUUAGUCAAAUCACUAACUUGAAUUAUGCCACAAAUCUGACUCACCUGUACCUACAAAACAACUGUAUUUCAUGUAUAGAGAACCUCAGGUCAUUAAGGAAACUGGAAAAACUGUAUCUGGGAGGCAAUUACAUUGCUGUCAUAGAAGGUUUAGAAGGAUUAGAAGGACUGAGAGAGCUUCAUGUUGAGAGUCAGAGGCUUCCCCUUGGAGAAAAGCUUCUAUUUGAUCCAAGAACUCUUCAUUCUCUGGCAUUAUUUUUCUUACAGAAAUCCCUCUCUACAUUGAAUAUCAGCAAUAAUAAUAUUGAUGACAUCAGAGACUUAGAAAUACUGGAGAAUCUUAAUCAGCUUAUAGCAGUUAACAACCAAGUUCUGCAUGUGAAGGAUCUGGAGUUUUUACUGAACAAGUUGAUAAAGCUGUGGAAAAUGGAUCUAAAUGGAAAUCCUGUUUGUCUCAGACCAAAAUACAGAGACAGACUGAUAUUGGUGUCCAAAUCACUGGAAUUUCUUGAUGGAAAAGAAAUUAAAAAUAUGGAAAGACAAUUCCUAAUGAAUUGGAAAGCAUCCAAAGAUGCCAGGAAAAUCAGCAAGAAAAGGAACAGUAAAAACGAGGAGGCAAGUAACUCAUACACAAGUAAGCAGGCUGUUAUUCAUUAGCUGACCACUUCUACCAGCAGAGGCAAUAUUCUACUCAACAAAAAAAGGACUCUCUCUCUGAAGGAAUCUGAAAGCUUGUUGACAAAAAAUGACCUACGUGAACCUCCCCGCCUCCAUAACCCAAAAGUAAAAGAAAAUUUGUAAUAAACGAGUAAAUUCAGUCUUAA